CAUUGGGGGGUAUAUAUGACCGUACGUACGACGCACCGGGGGUUUCGAACCUUUACGAACAUCCCCGCCUACUACCGCUACGACACCAUGAACACAGGUCUCCCUUUCUCAGGCCAACCGGUUGGCUUUAUUCUUGCCGGACUACCUCUUCCUCCUCCUCCCUAUGCCUCCCGUACCGUUCUCAUGGAGCAGGCCAACGAGCUACGCGUCAUCGCACAGGCAUGCAUGGACCAAGUCCAGCGCGAUCACGCACUCCUCCGACUCAAGGAGCAAGAGAUUGAAGUCCUGCGGAAGAAGCUAGAGCGGAAGCGGAAGCGUGAGGACUUAGCGAGGAAGGAGGAGGCACGUUUGGCUCAGGAGGGGCUUGUGAGUUUGGAGGAGCAAACCGCGUCUCGCACAGCGAGGAAGGAGGCAAAGCGCAAGCAGCAGGUUGUUGCUGCUAACUCCCGCCUAAUAGGGAAGCAACCGCGAGGCGGGACAACUGCACACUCCUUGCGGAAGUUGGAGGAUGCCGGCGCGGCUGCAGCUGGUCGCAAGGAGGUGGCCAGUGCUGGCCACCGAGCAACGGAUGUUACGCAGCAGGGUAGGCCUCGCCCUCGCCGCAAGGUAGCCAUCCCGGCAGCCCCGGACGAUACGGAGACUGAUGGGCAGGCCUCUAUGGCCAGCCAUGCCGCUGCUGAUGGUACUGCUACGAUCUUCAGCUCUGAUGGGUGCACGGUUCCCGGUCCUCUUCCUGGCACUGCUAGGGAGCCUGUCCCAGCCCGCCUCAGUGGCCUCGCCACUGUCCACGACUCAGCUCAGCCUCGCCUUGAACAAGGACAUUGUGCCAGUGGAAGUCGCAUGCCAGAUGAGCGGCCCAAGGCUACUGCCAGUGCUCAGGCAGAGCCACCUGUUGUACGCUCCGAGAAGCCCGUGCUGCGUCGCAAUCCACCUCGUAAAGGCCGAUCAAUGAGUGUAGCAGACUCACACCCACCAUAGUUGCAUCCGUCAUCGUCACAUUUACUCCCCUCUUGUCGCUCUAUACAAUUUGCUGCUCGUUGCAGGCACUUGUACCAGUGCUUAUGCUUACCGUUUUCCGCGUUGGCCACCCACCACAAAAUAUUCAUUGACAC